AUGGAGGACCUCAACAUGAUCGAUAACCCUUUUUCAGACAAGACAUCACGAGCAGGCUCAGUGGCCGGAAACAUCAGACUGGUACGCAGAUGCGGGGUGUUCCAGAUUUCGGACGCCUUGCGUACCCUACACCCCACCAAGAGAGAAUACACCUUCAUGUCGGCGGCGAAGCAGGCCAGCACAAGGAUCGACCGUGCUCUGAUUUCGCGGUCGCUGCUUCCCGGCCUGGAGUCAGCCUCGCAUAAGUCGCCUGAUGACCCGAUCUCGGAUCAUGGCUCUGCCAUCAGAGUGGCUUUCCGCUGCAGUGUUAAAGCAAAGCUUGGACCGGGGGUCUGGAGGUUUCCAUCCCACCUGCUCAAUAGGCCGGGUGUAAGGAAGGUGGUGGAAGCAGCGGCAAAGCAGUCAAUGGGGGAUUAUGCUCUGCUGCUGGCUCAGCUGAAUGCAGGACUUCGCGCCUAUGCUAAGGAGGAGGGCAAGAGAGUUAAGGCAACAAUGAGGCACCUGUCCGAUGCGGUGGCGAACCUGAAGCAGGCGGCCAUGGGAGCACCCAACUGCACACGACAGACUCCACCCAUAGCACAAGUAGCCUCUGCAUCACUACCUGCAAGCACCAAGGAGGCGGUUACGAUAUUGUUACAUAAGAAGGGCGAUAAAGGCCAAAUAAGCAACUACCAGCCUAUCACGCUUCUCAAUUUCACUUACCAAGUCCUGGCGAAAGUGGUGGCGGACCGGAUGAAGAAGGUGCUGCACCGAGUGAUCUCGAAGGAGCAGUACGGCUUCAUACCGGGUCGGAGAUUGUCUGACGCGGUCAGCCUGGUGGCUGAUAUCAUUGAUGCCGCAAACAAAGGGGACAAGGACUGGUUUUUGCUGCUGGUGGAUUUUCAAAAAGCUUUUUUAGAUGCUGGAGAAGAUGGGCUUCCCUCCGAGUUUUGUGGGUUGGGUGAGGGGCCUGCACAAGGAAACAAAGACAAGGUUGAAGCGGCAAAGCAGUUGGGCAUUGUCAGUGACUCGGGGAGGAGGAUGCCUUACCUGGGCUAUGCGGAAGAUACCACGCUACUGCUGCAAGGGAGGGAGCAGAUUGCAGAAGCAGGGAAAAUGUUGGAUUAUUUUGAGAACGUUUAUGGAAACCACGCGUCAGAGGAGGGGUGUUUCAUCCUGUGGGGGAAGGAAACAAUCUUUGCAACACGAGAGGAGGGAGGUGUCGGAGUGAAGGACCCGGGGGUUCUGGUCGCCUGUCUGGCUACUAGAAGGAUCGGAAUCCUGCUCACCGAGACGGACGACUUCAAACGAGACAUGAUGCUCGCAGCAGCAGGGCUGCCGCUGGGGGUGGAUACUUUCCUAUCACAUGAGAAGCUGUUGAAAUACUGGGUCGAUGGGAGCGCGCGAUGGAAGCAAACCUGCGAGUGUUUCAUGUCGUCGUCGUUUGCCACCGUCAGCAUACCUCUCACCGCAGCGGAAGUUGUUGCAGAGAGAUUGGUUUUCAACAAAGGCAUUCUGCUUAACGGGAGAACGCUGGUCGGGGGACAGAAGGCUGCUAAGGCGCUUUGGGAGAUCAAGCUGGGGGACCUGGUGGCGCCCAUGGCGAACGGUGGGAUGGCAGUAAAGAGCGAGGAAACCCUAGCAAUGUCGCUCGGAAUAGCAUCUGCUCGGCUGGCUCUGAAGGGGCUGGCUGCCGCGCCUGAGAACUGGAGGGAGCUGCUGCUCGCCUCAUCGGAAGGAAUUCCGGGCGCAGUCAUGGGAGGGAGAGCAGUGGUAGCCCGUGGGGGUAAACUCAUGGAGAAGACAGGGGCACUCGGCGCGGAGGAGAGAGAAGUGGGCGAACCGAUGGGGGGGGACAAUCGACUGGAAGCAGACGUCCAAGAUCCGUGA